AUCCAUGCAGCAAUGUUAUCUGCUACAACGGUGGUAAAUGUGUAGCCAGUGGAACUGUUGGAGUGUGUCAAUGUCCACAAGGAUAUGUGGGUACCUGGUGUGAAAACAAACAAGAUCCAUGCAGCAAUGUUAUCUGCUACAAUGGAGGUAAAUGUGUAGCCAGUGGAACUGUUGGAGUGUGUCAAUGUCCACAGGGAUAUGUGGGUACCUGGUGUGAAACUAAACAAGAUCCGUGCAGCAAUGUUAUCUGCUACAAUGGAGGUAAAUGUGUAGCCAGUGGAACUGUUGGAGUUUGUCAAUGUCCACAGGGAUAUGUGGGUACCUGGUGUGAAACUAAACAGGACCCAUGCAAAAACACAAUCUGUUACAAUAAUGGUCGUUGUGUAGCUCAUGGAAACACAGCAGUCUGUGAAUGUUUCCAGGGAUAUGUUGGCACCUGGUGUGAAACUAAACAAGACCCUUGCAAAAAUCUCGUCUGCUACAAUGGUGGUCGCUGUGUAGCCAGAAACAAUGUUGCAGUCUGUGAAUGUCCACAAGGUUAUGUCGGUACUUGGUGUGAGACUAAACAAGAUCCAUGCAAAAAUAUCAUGUGCUAUAACGGAGGACGUUGUGCAAGCAGAAACAAUGUGGCAGUCUGUGAAUGUCUCCACGGUUACUCCGGAACGUGGUGUGAGACUAAACUGGGUAAAUGUGAUAACGGGGGCCGCUGCUUGGCUAUGGGUGACCGCCCGUACUGUGAAUGCCUGCAGGCCUAUACUGGUGUCAGGUGUGAGACGAGAACAGUGGACAGAUGUCCAGCAGGCUCACACAGUUGUGAAGAUGAUCAGAAACUCAGAUGUGUACCUGAUCUGUGCAAAAGCUGUCUUGCUGGUGAGAAGUGCAAGGUGGUUUUUGAUGACAGAUACUGUGGAUCAGAUAUAAACUGUGAUCAAUACGUGUAA